AUGGACUUUUCUGAAGUCGAUCCACCAGACCCUCACUCUCGGCCGCCCAGCCUGGAAGUGACAGAGUAUUUUGGUCCUCGAAUUCUGACAGGCGAGAGACGAGAGCGCAAAAUCUCCGCAACUGCAACUUUGAAUCCUAAUGUUGGAACACCAAUUGGCGUCAAUGCGGGGGUGGGGAGCUUGUCAAGGAACUCAGAUGUUAUUUACGCGUCAAGGUGGAAGUUCACCGGCACACGACUUACGGCAGAGACAUCAGCCGAAAGCAAAACACGAAGCAGCCGUUGCAGACGGCUUGUUUGGCACCUAGAAGAGAACAAAUUGGAGCAACAAGUCUUCCACCACCCGACAGUUCACUCAGCAGUCGCUUUCCUACACGACUCCAAACCUUUCUAUCUCGAUCUUAGAAUCGAAGCAAAGAUGCAUCGGUGGCGAGACCGCAUCAAACAAUCCAUUGUUUACCCGCCCAGGAAUCGAAAGUCGUGCACAAGGUCUCUGAUAGAGCCAAAGAAGAAACUCGAGACCGGCGAAUCAUUUCAAAAAACAGUUCUCAAUCUUGAACAGACUAUGGUGGAGAGAAAUCUACAUCCCGUGCCAGAGAUAUCAGAUCCAAAGCCGAUAGGCUCAAGUAGUGCCGGAACGUACUGUGAAGAUCAAAGCGAAUAUACCUUGAAAGCAUUUCCCAGCGAAUCUCUCGUGGCACUUGUGGAGGAUAUCAUCGGGCAAAAACGGCCUGAUCUUGGGCAUGCAGAAUCAAGUGUGUCGGUCCACUCAGAUAGCUCAAGUGCUACCCUCGUGCAGCAUGCUGAGAUAGCCAAGGACGUGGAAAAAGAGCCAGCACCAUCUGUCGAAGAUGAAACCUCAGCUAGUCCAACGAAUGUUCCAAUUGUCAUCCCAUCAUCCGGUUCUGGCCAAGCUCCAAAUCCUGCCUAUUCUGCAAACGAAACUCUCCUGUUUGAGUUCACAUUGAUGUUUGGUCAUAUAUUACGAUUUCUAGCGGCAUUGAUAAGAUAUCUUGUCAUGGGACUUAACGGGUUACAUGCAAUUCUUGCAAAGGCUGGAAACGAGAAUUGA